AUGUCGAAAAAUAUUGAGCAUCAGCAGUUGAAGCUCGAAGCUCGAAAGAAGAUCCGAAACAUUGAAAAUGACAUCAAGUCGGAGAAAAUGGAGAUGCAGUCGCUCAUCGACCAGGGCCGUUUAAUAACCGUUCCGUCUCCGCCUGCCAACGAGCAAGCUCCCUCUCAAGCAGCCGGGAAACAAGAACAAAAAACCCAAAUUCCUUCGAAACCCGAGAAACUCUACGUUAUCAAAGUCGAGCCGCAACGACCAGCGCCGCGAACAAUCGCCAUCGAAGAAAAACCACCGGCGAAACGAGUGAAGUUAGAAGCGAAAACGGAAAAGAAGAUCAAAAUCGAAAAUGGGGAGGGCUUCGAUCCAACUGGAAGCGUUCCUCCGCCGAGUACUCCAACUCUUGGCCGCCCGCCGAAGACGAAAAAGGCAAAAGAAUUGAAAGCAGCGCAAGUUUCAAAAGUUCAAAAUCGAAAACUCCCAAAGUGUUUGGAACCGAAACGGCGAAAAACACACUGGGAUUAUCUUCUGGACGAGGUGAAGUGGAUGGCUACGGAUUUCUACCAAGAACGGCGUUGGAAGAAAGAAGCGGCGAAGUUUUUCGCUGAAGCCUGUUGCGAAGAAUUGAAGCGACGAAAAAACUUGAAAAUCGAAGAAAUUAACUGGCGAAAGCGAAAUGCUGCGGCUGUUAGCGAAAUUGUUCGCCAGUGGUGGAAUUCUUUAGGCGCGCUUUCUGAGUAUCGCAAUAUUCUGAUGAGCAAGAAAAACGAGGAAAAGAAGCUAAAUCUUCGGCCUCUGACGCCAGACACAGCGGAUGAUAGCUGCUUCGAGCAGACGAAUCACAAAUCAGAAAUCGAGCUAUUGGAAGAAGACGCUAAAACUCCCCUGCACAUGAUUUGCGAUUUGGACAAACUCUACCCGGACGUAAAAGUCAAAAGAUCGGACCUUCCCAAAAUCGCAGAAAAAGACCUUCGCGAAGCAGAUCAGCUCAAGCAGCGAAUUCAAGAGCUUCAAACAAUCAAAAACAUCGAGCACAACUUUCGCUUUGACAUUGAACUAGCCCACUACCAGCUUCAAGGGAUCAAGUGGAUGAUCAAUUCAAGAACGUUGGGUCUUCCGUGUCACCUCGCAGAUGAAAAGGGCCUCGCUAAGAGAACACAGAUCAUCGUAUACCUCCAGAACUCGGUUGGCACUUCCCUCCUCGUCGUUCAAAACCAGGAUUUGUUUUAUUGGCUGGCUCAGUUGAGUCACAAGUGCCCCGAUUUCAAGUACUGCAUGCACGAUGGAAAUGUCGCCAAUGUUUUAUCUGACGUCGAUUUGGUUAUCACAACCUACGAGAUCGCCUCCAAAUCGGAGUUUUUGCUCUCGACGAGGUGGAACUCCCUGGUUUUCGACAAUGUUCCAUCAUCAAAAGAUAUUGAUAGUCGCGCUUUGGCGACGUUGAAAUUGAUUUCCGCGAACCACAAAGUCGCCGUCACUCACACAAAGCCAACAUCUAACGAGGCAAAUUCCAACUCCAACUCGCUUAAAAACGAAAGUAUCGUUUCGAUCCUCCUCUUUCCCGAUUGUCUCGUUUCGUCCAGACAACUGGGAAAUUUUACCUUUGCCAGGUCGCAAGCAAACGUUCCCGACAAAGAUCGACCAAGAAAUACGAUUUACAAGACGGUCAAAUGUGCCAUGAAAAAGCGCCAGAAAAUUCUUUACGAGGACAUGUUGAUUCAAUCGAAAGAAGAUCUGGAUUCCCAAGACCUUGAUCGAGUCAUGAGCGCUGUUAAACGACUUCUUCGAGUUUGCAACCAUGCCGAUUUCCGAAAACUUCCAAAAACCAAACAAGUCCAAAUAAAUCGCGAAACCAGUUGCAAGCCAGUUCAUUCUCUUCUUUCUCAGUUGUGCUUUGUCAAAUCUUCUCGAGGAAUUUUCGAGAGUGAGCCCGCCAAUCUUCUGAAUCGAAAUUCUCGUGUUGAGAAAUCCCGAUUGAAGGAGUUGAAGAGUGAGAUAAUGAAAGAACCCAUGGAGAAAGCUGAUGAUAAAAAUCAGCAGCAGAAAACUGAAAUCAAGGAGGAAAAAACAAUCAAGUCCGAGCCUGAGGAUGAAUUCCAAAUCGAGUCUGACAAGCCAGAGCCUAAGAUUUUCUUCCCAAACAACGAUUUCUCCGGGCAGAAUAGCAUUUACGAAGAUACGAUUUCCUCUUGUCGCAUAAAAUUCAAUGAACAUUCUUCUUCCCGACGAGGCGCGCUAGAAUUCUCCAAUCGAUUGAAAAAUCGGAAAAGAUCGCCCUGGGCUCUUUCAAGCACUUUGAAAGGAAUUUCUAGCGUUGUUUCAAAUGUGCCUGUGAAAUAUAGAAGGGUCGAGCUUUACCCCCGAAUAUUUGUAAAUAAUGAAACUCCGAACAAACUUCUUGCUUAUGAAAAUGCUAAAAUGCAAUUUUUCUGUUCCACAAAACUCGAAAAUUUGGCGAUUAUGAUGGAGCGCCAUCAGAAAUUGAUUAAAAAAGCUGAUAAUGCGGAAAAGAAAAGACCAAUGAAGACGAUGAUUUGUGUCCGAUCGGAAGAAAGCGCUGAUCUUGUCAGAUCUUUCUUCCUCCUCAAGCUCAAAGUCGAAUCUGUUUACAUUUCUCCACAUGCGACCAAAGAGGAGAAAAACCGUCUUAUCCAUCAAUUCAACUUUUCGAAAACGAUGAAACUUCUUUUAUUCAACACUCGCGCAGGGCAUCUACCACUCCCACCGAUCGGAAUUGAAAAUAUUUAUUUUUAUGAGGAUGAAAUUUUACCCGCUGCUAGACAGAUUUUCGAUGAAGAUACUGUUUGGCGAAUCAAUCCAAAGAUGGUGAUCCGAAUGGUUGCAAAAGACACUGUAGAAGAGCGAAUCUGUACGUUUAGUCCGAAAAUUUACGGACAGACGAUUCAAGGCGUCCAUGCGCUUCUGACAAGCGUCGUUCCAAUAGACAUGAAUCCUCUGAAAGAUCGACGAAGAGCUUCCGCCCUUCCGUGGCAGUUGAAACUUUGUAAUAAAGAAGAGCUUUCAAUCGCGGAGAAACUGAUGAAUCUCCCACCAACAGAAGAAGAAGAUGACGAAGAGAAUAUGGAAACGGACGCCGAUUGUCUUUCUCUUUCGGAAACGAUUUUCUCGGACGAUGAAGAUCAAAUUCUAUCAGAGCUAACGUCCAUCGAGAAGUUUGCGUUGAGACAAAUAGAUUACGACAAUAAUUUGAGCAGUAGGAAGACUGAAUCAGUUGUAUCGCCAGCUCCUAAUUUGAACAGCUUCUUCGAUCCGCUUGAAAGUGUAAAUUUCAAAGAAGAUGAUUUGUUUAUUUCUUCUGAAUUUCUCGAGGCAACCCUUGUUGAUCGAAAACAAGAGUUGAUUCCAGUUUGGGCUCCGCCAACCCCACCGAGGGAGUCGACCAUGGAUUCAUCGUACGGCAACGUAAACAAUAUCAAUGCUGUUCACUACCGCACGGAGCUCUGGGAAAGCGCUUACGAAUCGAAGCCAAUGGCCCUGUCGGUUUCGAAGACGCGUCCAAUCUUGUCGCCUCUUCCCAAAGCGGAACACGAACUUCCUCUCAGCUUCUUCCACAGAAACACGAAGGCCAUCAUGAACCACAGGAAGCAGCUCAAGAACGAGCCAAAAACCCAACACGUCCAGACCCAAUUUUCAAACCAUCCUUGGCUCAUCGAUCAUGAAUUGACGCUCGCGAUGGCUGUUGAAGAUUUUUGCCGAAAUUCGAAUGUCCCUGUCAAUUGGGAAGAAGUCGCCAGUAUUAUCAACACUUACUCGAGCUCGUAUCAUUCUCCUUCAAGUGCGAAACAGCAUUAUGAAAAUGAAAUAAUCCCCCGCGAAGAAGGAAAACCAGCGAUUGUUCCAGGCCAGAAAGUUCCGAAAGUGUCCAAAAAAGCUCAACUUCUUGGUUCUGAUAGAAAAGCUGGACAGAAAAUGAGGAGUAAAACUGCGCAAAUGUACCUACAAGACAACAACUCCUCUAUGUCGAAGCAUUUCAAGACGAUUUUUAAUGAUCUUCUCGAUGUGACAAUAAAGAAAGACGAGCGCCACCGUGAUAUCAACCAAGUGAUUUUGAAGCCAAUUCCCAAGCUUGAAAGAACAAGGGAAGAUAAAGACGGAAACUAUCCGGACAAAGAAGGUCACCGGUCGAUCAUAAAGGGAUACGGAAUCAAUCCUGAUGCCUGCUUGACGCCUCUUGAAAUCAUCAAAAAGUACAAACACAGAGGACUGCCUCAGGAACUCAACAACGCCAGAGCAGGUGUUCAUCCCUUGGCGACGCCUAUGGGCACGCCAAGAACGCCCUCUAGUCCGAGCUCGAAUAGACCAAUUAAGAAUCAAUGGCAUCCUCCCGGAACACAGCCUCAGCAAAUGCCAAGCCAUGUUCAAGUUCGACAAAAGCAGCCGAACGCGAGAAAAAGGCCUGGAUCAGAGUCGAUGGGUGGGCCCGGGCAAAAGAUUUUCUAUCAAGGUGGCAUGCAACAAGUCCAACGCUACACAUCCCCUCAAGAAGUUCAUCCAAGAAAGGUCAAUUCGCCAAGACCAGGGCACCAUGUUCAGCAUAGAGCACAAGUUCCGCCAAAUCAGCAAUUCGUUAUCCAAAAUGGAAAGCCCAUUCAGAUCAAUACUGGCUCAAGUGGUAUUCAAAUUCAAUCGCCUGUUAAUCAACAUCCGAUUAAAACCGAAUAUGUUCCGCAGGUGGCGAUUUCUGGCGCGAAUCAGGGAAUUCAGCUCGUGAAAACCGUCGUCAAUCCCAAGCAAGAACCACCAGAUAGUCACGAGCAGGGUCAAAAUCAGUCCGUGGUGAUAUCUACUGUCGAGCAACAAGUUAACGAUCAGCCGCAGAUGAUUUACGUCCAGAGCAAUGAAGGCAACAAAAUAACUCUGAAGCCGUUGGCCAGUCAUCAAGGCCGUCAAAUUAUUCAAAUCCCCCAACCAAAUGCCCAGUACAUUUCUAUCAAUCAGCACGGGAAAGUCAUCGGUUCUCAAGGCGGUCCACCGAAAUUGUACAUCAAGAACUCCGGUGCUUCUGGAACUCCGCAUCAAGUAGUCUUACAGCCAGAUGGCUCCCAACAACUCGUUAUUCCGUCGAAUAUGAUUCCCCAACAGCGACUGCUCGUCCAAACGUCGACAGGAAAUAUCAUUCCUCAAGGAAACAAAAUCUUCAUUCAACAAACUGGAAACAUUAACCAACCAAUAAUUCUCAAUCAGGGUCAACAAAUCAUAACGAACAACGGUCAAAUUCUAACACUCCAGCCCCAGCAAGGAAAGGGAGGUCGAAUGUUCGUAACGCAGCAGCCACAGCAACGAGUGAUGGUCCAGCAAGCCCCACGCGGCGGGAACGCGCGCGCAAAUCAACCCCAGCAAGUGAUGAUGGCUAAUUCUAGCAAAAAUAUUGUACAAGUUCAACAGCAGCCCAUUCAACAGUCAAUAAUCAAUCCCAUCGGGGGGCAAACGAUUCAAACAACCAUUCAACCCAAUCAGCCCGCACUGCCCGCUUCUGCCGAGACAAAUGUGAGGCCAAUUAAUCAGCGAAAUUAA